AUGCAGUCCUCCCCAAAUAUGCUUACCAAGUUUGAGUCGAAGUCGUCCCGUGCCAAGGGAAUUGCUUUCCAUCCUACGCGGCCAUGGAUUCUCGUAUCUCUCCAUUCCUCGACGAUCCAGCUAUGGGAUUACCGCAUGGGAACUCUCAUUGACCGAUUCGAAGAGCACGACGGUCCGGUCCGAGGCAUUGACUUCCACCCGACUCAACCCCUCUUCGUGUCCGGAGGUGACGACUAUAAGAUCAAGGUCUGGAGUUACCAGACACGGAGGUGUCUUUUCACAUUGAAUGGACAUCUGGACUAUGUCCGAACAGUGUUUUUCCAUCAUGAGCUUCCCUGGAUUCUGUCCGCGUCGGACGACCAGACAAUUAGGAUUUGGAACUGGCAAAAUAGGUCACUAAUUUGUACCAUGACCGGCCAUAACCACUACGUGAUGUGCGCGCAAUUCCACCCGACCGAGGACCUAAUCGCCUCCGCCUCAUUAGAUCAGUCUGUCCGUAUCUGGGAUAUCUCGGGGUUGCGGAAGAAACAUUCGGCACCAACCACCAUAUCAUUCGAAGACCAAAUGGCCCGGUCCAACCCGUCACAAGCAGAUAUGUUCGGAAACACCGAUGCUGUCGUAAAGUUCGUGCUGGAAGGUCACGAUCGGGGUGUCAACUGGGUUGCAUUCCACCCCUCGCUGCCCUUGAUUGUUUCAGCUGGUGAUGAUCGUCUCAUCAAGCUGUGGAGAAUGAAUACGAAGGCAUGGGAAGUCGACACCUGCCGAGGACACUUCCAGAAUGCGUCCGCCUGUCUCUUCCACCCCCACCAAGACCUUAUCCUUUCCGUCGGCGAAGACAAGACAAUUCGUGCGUGGGAUUUGAACAAGAGAACUUCCGUCCAGUCGUUCAAGCGGGAUGUGGAUCGGUUCUGGGUCAUUGCUGCUCACCCUAAGAUCAACCUGUUUGCCGCUGGUCAUGACACUGGUGUCAUGGUCUUCAAGCUGGAGAGGGAGCGACCUGCGUCCGCUGUGUACCAGAACCAAUUGUUCUUCAUCACAAAGGAGAAGCAUGUCAAGUCAUUUGACUUUGCCAAGAACGUCGAAUCCCCUCCUAUGCUGUCAUUACGCAAACUCGGUUCCGCUUGGGUGCCUCCGCGAACCCUCUCAUACAAUCCUGCUGAGCGUGCUAUUCUAGUUACUUCUCCUACAGACGGAGGUGUAUAUGAGUUGAUCCACCUCCCUCGCGAUGCUACUGGAGCCAUCGAACCCACGGACGUCAAGCGCGGCCAAGCUUCCUCCGCUGUUUUUGUUGCGCGGAACCGAUUCGCUGUCUUUAGUCAGGCAAACCAGCAGGUUGAUAUCAAGGACCUCAGCAACUCAACCACGAAAUCCAUCAAGCCCCCGUCUGGAACGACCGACAUAUACUUCGGUGGAACUGGCUCACUGCUUUUUAUUACCCCUACCUCUGUCGUUCUCUUCGAUAUUCAGCAGAAGAAGCAGCUGGCAGAGUUAGCUGUCAGUGGCGUUAAGUACGUUGUAUGGUCUAACGAUGGGCUCUAUGCAGCUUUGCUCAGCAAGCACAACGUUACUAUUGUCACCAAGACUCUCGAACAAGUGAGCAGCCUCCACGAGACAAUCCGCAUCAAGAGCGCAGCUUGGGAUGACGCUGGCGUCCUUCUUUACUCCACCUUGAACCAUGUCAAGUACUCGCUGCUGAAUGGUGACAGCGGUAUCAUUCGGACACUGGACCAAACGGUUUAUCUUGUCAAGGUCAAGGGCCGCAGUGUUUACUGCCUGGAUCGCAAUGCUAAACCUAGAACCCUGGAAAUUGACCCUACCGAGUACCGCUUCAAGCUUGCUCUGGUCAAGAGGAACUACGAUGAGAUGCUCCAAAUCAUCAAGACUUCCAGCUUGGUUGGUCAAAGUAUCAUCUCCUACUUGCAGAAGAAGGGCUACCCCGAGAUCGCACUACAAUUUGUGCAAGAUCCCCAGACUCGUUUCGAGCUAGCCCUGGAGUGCGGUAACCUUGACGUUGCCAUCGAAAUGGCUAGAGAGUUGGACCGUCCCAACCUGUGGAGCCGGCUCGGAACCGAAGCGCUGGCACAUGGCAACCAUCAAAUAGUUGAGAUGGCUUAUCAAAAACAACGAAACUUUGAUAAACUGUCUUUCCUGUACCUUGCCACUGGUGACCAGGAGAAGCUCUCAAGAAUGGCCAAGAUUGCAGAGCACCGUGGCGACUUCACCUCGAGGUUCCAGAACGCCCUCUACCGAGGCGACGUCGAGGACAGGAUUCAGAUGUUCAAGGAGGUGGAUCUCUACCCUCUAGCAUACCUUACUGCCAAGUCCCAUGGUCUGACAGAAGAGGCCGAAUCCAUCCUCGAGGCCGUUGGCCUAACAGAAGAUCAGAUCUCCCUCCCAACUAUUGAAGAACCUCUACAGGUAGCGCAACCCAUUGUGCCAACUUACAAGGCAAGCUGGCCUGUCAAGGCUGCUGCACACUCUUCCUUCGAAAAGGCCUUGAUGGGCGAAGUUGGCGCCGGAGAUGAAGAGGCUGCUGGGCUUGGCUUUGAACCUGAAGAAGAGGAGGAUGCUGUUACCGCAGGCGAAGCACUUGAAGAUGAGGACGAGGAUGUUGCCGGAUGGGAUAUGGGCGAUGAGGUCAAUGUUGAAGAGGACGUUGAUUUCGUCAACGUUGACAGCGCUGAGGCAGGUGCUGGCAGCACCGAAGCGGACCUCUGGGCCCGUAACUCUCCUUUGGCGGCCGACCACGUUGCUGCUGGUUCUUUCGACACGGCUAUGCAGCUUCUCAACCGCCAAGUCGGAGCUGUUCACUUCGCUCCAUUGAAACCUAGAUUCCUUGAGAUUUUCAAGGCGUCCAAGACCUACCUCUCCGCCUCUCCCGGCCUUCCUCCUCUUGUCAACUAUGUGCGACGAACUGUGGAUGAGACUGACAGCCGUAAAGUGCUCCCUGCUAUCCCCAGGGACCUCGAGACUAUUGCUAGCGUGGACUUGCAAGAAGGCUACGCAGCAAUGAGGUCAAACAAACUCGAGGAUGGUGUCAAGAUCUUCAAGGGUAUCUUACAAUCUGUCCUUGUCAACGUCGUCUCAUCCGAGGCCGAAGUUGAGCAGGCGAAGAAGAUCAUUGAGACUGCCCGAGAGUAUAUCCUUGCCAUGUCUAUUGAGCUGGAACGCCGAUCCCUCUCAUCGGACUCCCCAGAUGACCUCAAGAGAAGCCUGGAGCUUUCUGCUUACUUCACAAUUCCCAAGCUUGAAGUUGCUCACAGGCAACUGGCUCUAAUGGCAGCGAUGAAGCUCGCCUUUGCCAACAAGAACUACUCGUCCGCUCUCAGCUUCGCCAACCGCAUGCUGGCCAAUGGUGGCUCCGCUAAGCUCUUGGACCAGGCGAAGAAGAUCAAGGCUCAGUGUGAGCGUAACCCACAGGAUAAGAUCGAGAUUGAAUUCGACCAGUUCGCCGAAUUCGACAUCUGCGCAGCCUCGCAUACUCCCAUCUACACUGGAUCCCCCAGCGUCUCAGAUCCUUUCACUGGCGCCAAGUACCACGAACAAUAUAAGGGCAGCGUCUGCCGGAUAUCAGAAGUGACCGAGAUCGGCGCGCCCGCAAGCGGAUUGCGGUUGUUUGUCCCAAGCCAGAUUUGA